AUGGCAUCUUCUACUGUCGGGCAGGACUUUGGUGUCCUGGAAACUGAGCGGUACAUUCCCCUGAUUGUUCUGGGCUCGAUCUCAAGUCUCUUAUCCAUCUUUGGAUCAACCUGUGUCAUAUACAUGUCGUCCAAGAAGCUUCAUAAGAUUAUGCACAGGCUCGUGUUCUUGUUGAGUAUUUCCGAUAUUAUGGCCUCAUUGGCGGCCUUGUUCAUGCCCUACAUGGUGCCCUCCUUCAUGGGACUUCUCGGUGCCGUGGGAAACGUCGCCUCUUGCUCCGCGGCGGGGUUCUUUCUCAGUUUGGGAGUCAUGAUGGCAUGUUGCUACAACUUUUAUUUGAGUGGAUACUAUCUUGCCACUGUCCGGAAAAACUGGAAAGAAUACGACUUUCGAAAACCGUUUGAAAUUGCGGGCCAUGCAUUGGCCCUCUUGGUUCCUCUGGCCAUUAGUUUGAUCGCCGCAACUACUGGUUCCAUGAAUCCCUCUCCGUUGGCUAACAAUCUCUGCUCGUACACCACCUGGCCGUGGGAAUGCUUCCACAACGACGACAUACCAUGUGAGCGGUCGUCACCAGAGCUUGUCACUGCCGUUACCAUCUCUCGGGCGACUUUCACAAUGGUCUUGACAACAAUCAGCUUCAUCUUUACUUUCACGGUUUGGUGGACGGUCCGUGCCACGCUCAAGAAGAGCGAUUCUUAUCGCUUUGCUGGCAGCAGCGACAACAGCUCACGUACUGACGAGCGCCUGAAGGAGGUGUCUACACAAGCAAUCCUCUAUUCUUUGGUCUAUCUGAAUACGUUCUUCUGGCCAUUUUUUGGAUUGGUCGCCGGGUUCGGUCUGUCCCAUGAGGAAAUGCAGGACAAGAAAACGAAAGCAGGAUUCUAUAUCGUGCAGGUCUUGUACUGGAUGCUGUAUCCAUUGCAGGGUUUUUUUAACUUCUUUGUCUACACACGCCUCAAGUUCAAGGCGUGGAGAAAGGCAGAUCCCGACCGGUCUCUUGUGUCCAUCUAUCACCAGAUCAUGAUUGCCAAAGAGGCACCACCUUUAUCCCAACGACGACAAGUCCGACCAGAAACGAAGCAAACCAAUACGAGCAGCAACAGUGCCGCCCAUUGA